UUGCCAUGGGGGACAUGGGGACCCCUCCUCUGAGCCCCUGCCAGGAGCUGGCAGUGCCAUGAGGUGGCUCAUGGGGGUUGAGGCAGGGGGUGGCACUGGACACCUUGUUUGGGUUGGGGGGACAUGGGCUGAAGCAGUUUUGGGGGCAGUGGAGGAUGGCACAGGAGGAGUGGGGUGACACAGGUGAGAUGUUCAGGCAGGUCCCACCCCCGUGUGGCUGUGCUGAGCCCCUGGGUGCCCCUUUCUGUGGCAGGGCCAGAAAUAGCCCGGGCAGCAGCAUUCCCUGCUCCCCCUCCCUGCCGCACCCUGACGUCUGGAUCGGGGCGCCUCCUCCCGCGUUUCCUCAGGAAGAAACCCAAGGCUGGAGGGAGGAAGAGGCCGCCCCACGGGUGGGACGGGACAGACGGGACAGAGGGACACCAGCGUGGGGCUGGGGAGCCACCAGGACUGGGGCCCUGGUGCCCUGCUGGAAUGGAGAGCGCCCGGCCCAUCCUCUGCCUCCAGCUGUGGCUGUGGGUGCAGAGCUCGGCCCAGGAGCUCGACCCUGAGGGCAGGAACGUCUGCAGGUUCCCGGCCGGCCUGGAGUGCUGUCCCGGCUGGAGGCAGGAGGGGAGGGCGUGCACGGUCGCCGUGUGCGAGGGGGAGGACGCCUGCAGAGAGGGCGAGGUGUGCGUGAAACCCGGGCUGUGCCGCUGCAAACCCGGCUUCUUCGGAGCAGACUGCAGCUCCCGCUGCCCCGAGCAGUACUGGGGCCACGACUGCAAGCGGAGCUGCCCGUGCCACCCCAACGGGCGCUGCGACCCCGUCAGCGGCCACUGCACCUGCGACCCCAACCACUGGGGUGGGCUCUGCCAGUUCCCCUGCCAGUGCGGCCCCCACGGCCGCUGCGACCCCCUGACCGGCGCCUGCCACUGCGAGCCGGGCUGGUGGGCACCGAGCUGCAGGAAGCAAUGCCAGUGCAACCCCUCCACCUCCCACUGCGACCCCCUGAGCGGGCUGUGCCGCUGCCUGCCGGGCUGGUGGGGCAGGAGAUGCAGCUUCAAGUGCUCCUGCAACGUCUCGCCCUGCGCGCAGGAGACGGGCAAGUGCGAGUGCCUGCCUGGCUACUGGGGACCGGCGUGCCAGCGGCGCUGCGACUGCGGGCACGGCUCCUGCAGUCCUGUCACCGGCCACUGCAGCUGCGAGCCCGGCUACCAGGGCAGGAGCUGCCGGGACCCCUGUCCCGCAGGGAAAUACGGAUCUCAGUGCGUGCACAGCUGUGGGAGCUGCAAGCGCAGCCAGCCCUGCUCACCUGUGGAUGGUUUCUGCCUGGCCUGCCAGCCUGGCUGGAACGGGACCCUCUGCAAGGAUCCCUGUGCUCCUGGAUUCCAUGGGGAUGGCUGCCUCCAGCCGUGUCCCCGCUGCCAGCACGGGGAGCCCUGUGACCCCCAGAGCGGGUCCUGCCUGCGCUGUGACCCCGGCUGGACAGGACCCAGCUGCAACAGCUCCUGCCCCAUGGGCACCUUUGGUGAUGGCUGCCAGUUCCUCUGCCCCGAGUGUGUUUCGGGGAGCUGUGACCCUGUGACAGGAGUUUGCAUCUGCCAGGCAGGCUACUGGGGAGACAGCUGCAACGACACCUGUCCCGAGGGCUAUUUUGGAGUGAAUUGUUCCUCACCCUGCCAGUGCUCCCGGGGGACCUGUGACCCUGUGCAGGGUGACUGUGUGCUGAGUUUGAAGGACCAUGGAGCCCUUGCAGCUGCCAUCCUUGUCCCUCUCCUGCUGCUGCUGCUCUGUGUCGCCUGCUGCUGCUGUGGUGCCAGCUCAGCAGAUGCCAGAGACAGGGCAGCUGUGCCAGAUGAUGAUGUGGUGGCCAGGAUGAAGCACCACGUGCAGGGGGUGCUGGCCAACCUCAGUGCUCUCAUGCCCUGCUUUAACCUGGGUACCUCAAAACUUCCCAAAGUCACAGUCUCCCAUCACGACAUGGAAAUCCCCUACAACCCCAGCUUCAUCGAGCCCCCAUCGUCUGCAUGGGUGUCAGACAGCUCCUUCUCCUCCUUCGACACCGACAACGAGGGACCCGAGUACUCCGUCCCGCCCAGAGAAGGCAUCCCGCUGCUGGGCGGGGCUGAGCUGCAGGAGGGGGCAUCCCCCCCUGGCGAGGCGCUCCCGGACCCGUCCGCCUUCGACUCCGAGGAUGUCUCGCAGUCCUUCGCCAUCCCCCGCACCUCCAGCAUCGCCAAGGCCAAGCGACCCUCUGUGUCCUUCGCCGAGGGGACAAAAUUCGGGGCUGCCGAGACCCCCAGCCCCAGCCGGAAGCCCAAGGCCCCGUGGGGCCCGUCCAGGCUGACCCCACCGCCGGGGGACGCGGCGGCCGAGCCCCCCAGCGAGAGCCCGGCCAGCGAUUGCUACGAGAACCCCGAGCCCCUCGGCAAGGGGGACGAAAGCCACCGGCCAUCGCCUCGGGCCACCCCGGGGGGACGCCGCAGGGUGGUGUCCAGCACCAGGCAUGUGGCCCAGAGAGUGGAGGCGCUGGAAGCAGCUGCGAAAUGCGGCAGCUGGGAGGCGAAGGGGAAGGAGCCCAAUGUCACCACCAUCUACAUGAUGGUGGGCACGGCCGGGCAGGACCCCAAGGCGGAGGGGACUGGCGAGGGACCGGUCCAGGCUGUGCUGAAGCGUCUGGGCAGCUUGCAGAGGGGCAAGUGGGCUGCGAAGGAGGAGCCCAAGGUGAGGAGGAGCAUGGAGGCCAUCCAGAAACCUCCUCGCCGGGCCCUGGCGCAGCGCAGGGACUCGGAGAACAGCUGCAAGCAGAGGGACAGUGUGCCGGGGGCUCCCGCCGAGUCAGCCCCUGGCAAGCAGCAGCAUCCCGCUGCGAAGAGACUGUCCCUCCUCCUUGCAUCUCUCUCGUCAAAAAACACCGGUGCCCAAGACGGGGCCAGCGAAACCGCAGGUGCCACAGAGAAGGGCAAAAGCCAAGAGGUAGUUGGCAGCCUCGAAAGGAAGGGACAGGCUGCCGCGGAGGAAGAGCCGAAAUACGAGAACGUGGCCAGCAGCGGUGCUGAUUCGCCCUCCAGCCCCGGCAAAGAGCUGCCGGCCGCCCCUCCGGCCACCUGAGCCACCACCCCCGGGCUGGGGCCGCGGGAGCCACCGGGCUCCUCCAGCCCCAGCCUGGGACAGCCGGGGGCCCGCUCCGAGCUGUGAACCAGAGAAGCCUCGAGCCUUCCUGGUGACCCCCUCUGCUCUGCGGCCUCGCUGGGGCCACAGCAGGGACAGCCUGUGGGGCUGUUUUCUGCUCCUCCCUGCCCUACCAGCCUGUGUCUGCACAGCCCCGGGGGACAGCGAUGCUCUGGAUGCUGUGGUGGCACCCUCAAGUCCCUGUCACCACUGGGGACAUAUCCAGUGCAGGGCUGCUGAGUGCCCAGCUGAGAAAUGCAUGCACAAAAUCCAGUCUCACCCCAUCAGUUUUCACCUUUCCCUGUCCCAAUUCCUGUGAUGCAGCUCGGAGCCUCUUGCUGGAAAGGUGUUUCUCGCUGAAGGGGAUUAUUUUGUGGAGCUGGGCUGAGGAGAGAUGAUGGGCUGUCACAAGCAGCUUCAGAAAAAAAUAUUAAUUUUAGCUGCUUAUCUCAAAGGGUAUCUGGGUCUGCAGGGGUUUAUCUGUGUGGCUCUGGCUUCUGUGGCAGGCCCUGGCUGCCUUUGCUUUCAUGUGGAAAAGCUUGUGGCAGGACACAGGGUGUAGUGACAGCCUUUUAAACUCCACACAGUUCCAAGCUGCAGUUGUGCAAACGUGGCAGCUGGGCAGUGACCAUCAACCUGUGCACCUGGCGCCGUGCUGAUAAGGAGGGAAGUUGCCAGGAAAGUGGGGUUUCCAUGGGUGCCCUAAGCUCCUGCCACCUCCCACGCCUCAUUCCUGCUGUGGAGGCAAGCUGAGAUGCCAAAGAGGAUUUGCAGAGUGAUCUGGUUUUAGAUGUAUCUAAGUAGUAGAAGGUUUUUGUGUAUUUUUUAUGUUAUUUUGCGUUGUGUGAAAGCCUUGGAAUGAAAAUUAAAUGCCCUUCAGGACAUGGGUUUCCCAGCUACCCUUUGAGUCAAAGAUACAACCAGGAAUAUUCUCCAGAGUGUGGAAACUGUCAGCAGCCUUAGGCUUUCUGUUUGGGAAUUUUUUUUUAGAUUUUCUGUCUCUAUUGAAUUCUGAAUUCUCAUUCACUGAGCUGAGCCCUGUGCAAAGCCCAAGACAGGAGUGCAGGAGGAAUGUGAGUGGGCUGUGAAUGUCCAGAGCCCCUCUGCUGCAGCCUGCACCUCACACAUCAUGUGCAGAGCUCCACAUGAAUCCUUCUGGUCUGGCACUGCUCAGCUUGGCUUCAGGGUUUGGGGUGUUUCAGAAAACACAGUGGGUUUUGCUUUUUCCCUUUUGCUUCCCAUGGGUGCUUCUCCACAGCACAAGGCACCAAAUUCUCACAGUCUGACCUGGCUGAAGCUUCCAGUUUUGCAGCCAGCACAAAGCACCCUUUCCUGCAGUGGAAUCAUCUGCUGCUGUGAUUAUAACACCAAAUAUUCUGGCAUCCAAAUAAAACUGCUCAUCCUGGCAGGACUGGAGCAGCAGCCUGUUCUGCACGGGCUUGCUUUUGUUUUGACACCAUUUUAUGACAGCGGCAGGGACAGUCCCACAUUUGAUUUAUAAGCAACCAUUUUUUUUUCCCUAAUGGGAUGGAUAUUUUGAGCCUGUGAGCUGAGCAGUGCUGUGCCAGAAGUGAACAUCACAUGAGCCAGUUCACUCUGGGUGCAGCAUGUAAAUAGCUGACAACAACCUGACAGCCUCAAACCAGCGCCCGGUUUGAGAAAACCUUCCUUGUCCAUGGAGCCAGGAUGUUUCCCCUGCUUGAAGAUGAAGCAUCUUGGCUGUGUCUGGGCAGUGAAAGGGGAACGAGCUGCAGAUUUCCAGCGUGUGGCUGCCCAUGCACGCUCCUGCAGCGUGGCUGCGCUGGUGUCUGCUUGCUGGGGAUGCUUCCGUCGGCUGUGCCGGUGGUUUAGCUCUGGCUGUGGGAGGUCAGCAAGGCAGAUCUGGCAGGGGAAUCUCUUCCUGUGCUGGAUUUCUGACUUUCCAAAGCUGCUGCAGUGUUUGGAAGGCAGGCAGUGGGAAGAGAUUCACGUGCAGGUGCUGUCUGAAAGCAGAGAGGUGUCUGUGUGCUCUGCUGGGGCAGCAGCAGAGGCUGGAGCUGUUCCUGAGGUCUGUCCUGUGGUGGUCUGUCCUUGUCAUCCUGUCAGCCUUGUCAUCUCCUUUCUCAAACUGCCCAAGCCUUUGAAGAGCACCACAUCAUUUAGCCCAGUGCCUGUGCCAGAGCAGGAGCUGUCACCUCCCUCCCAGCUAAACUCAUUCCUGGCCAGUUUCUAAAAACACGUCUCUGUGUCAGUGCUUUUCUUCGGCUGCACUUUAUUUUUUUUCUCCCCAUGCUGUUUACUCAAUCCCUAGGGUAUUUAUAGCUGGCCACGGAUCACCUGAUAGCUUUUCUCCUUCUAGGAUAGGAAAACUGAGCCCUCCCUGCUCUUGCUGAGGCAAAGGGUUCCCGUGACCCCAAACAGCCUCCGAACCCUCCUCAUGCUCCUCCCCGUCACAGUUUGUGUUUCUCGGACACAGCAGCCAGGUCUGGGUGCUGAGGUCUCCUGGGUCUCGUGCUGCUCAGCCUUCUUCUACCUCUGCUAAACACCUGGCACCGACCCAGGCUGCCUUGUUUUCUUUGGGCUUUUUGUUUGUUUGUUUGCAUUGGCUUAAAUCCACUUUUGCAGCUGUUGAAACGUUUGAUCCCUCUUCCACAGCCAAGGCUGAGGAGUUUCCUCUUCCCACCCGCCACAGGGAUGGAGUGGUGGGGACACGUCCGUCUGUCUGGGGCCCUCUGCUUCCUCUGGGGUGUUUACCUGCCACAAAUGCUGUUUUCAUCUCCUUUGGCUGAGAAAAUAUCCCCUAUAAAGAUUCUAGGGAUUUAUGGCCAUGUCCUCUGACCCAGGACCUCCCUAUUGAGGGAAGGAUUUAUGGAAGGUGUAGAAAUACCUCAGAGGAAUGCUCUGAAAAAUAAUUUAACAGAAAAAAGAAAGCAGAGCUGUGGUGAAGUCAGAUGUGAAGCUGGCUUAUAAUGGUAUUACUUUAUUUCAUGAAGCUGGGCUGUAUCCUCAGCAGUGAUCAACAAGUUUAGUGAGGGGAUUUUCCCCCUUUACCCUGCCCACCUAAGAUACCACCUGGAGUAUUGUGUCCAGCUGUGAGGAUUCCAACAUAAAAAGGACAGGGAUGUGUUGGAGCAAGGCCAGAGGAAGCAACAAUGAUGAUCAGAGGCUGGAGCAGCUCUGCUAUGGACAGGCUGAGGGAGCUGGGGGUGUUCAGCCUGGAGAAGAGCGCAGGGAAACCUUAUAGCACUUCCAGUGCCUGAAGAGGCUCCAAGAGAGCUGGAGAGAGACUUUGGACAAGGGAUGAAGUGACAGGACAAGGGGGAACAGCUGACAGAGGGCAGGUUAGAUGGGAUACCGGGAAGAAAUUCUUGGCUGUGAGGCUCUGGCACAGGUUGCCCACAGAAGCUGUGGCUGCCCCACUCCUGGAACUGCUGAAGGCCAGGUUGGAUGGGGCUUGGACCAACCUGAUCUGGUGGAAGGUGUCCCUGCCCAUGCCAGGGGGUGGAACGAGACGAUCUUUUAGGUUCCUUCCAACCCAAACCUUUCUGUGACUCUUUGAAUGAGCUGUGUUGUGGGCUGGGGUGUCUCGAGGGCUCAUUGCCCCUGUCCAUCUGUCCCAUGACGGUGGUCAGCCCAGGGCUGCGUUGGAUGCCUGUUCCCAAAAUACCCUUUUAAUGGGGUGGAGCAGUUUCUCAGGUCUCUCCUUGAGCAGGACAGGCAGACUUCGCAGGACAGAUCCGGUGCUCGUACCCACAGCAGACGAGCCAUGCCGCGGUGCCGUUCCCCACACGGCUCCCGGUAUUCGGCGGGGCUGUCCUCCCUCACAGCAGCCGCUCCGCGGUAAGCGCGGUGCGGCUCCCGCGGCUGCCGCCCGGGGCCGGCGGAGACCGGCGGAGAGCGGCAGCGAUCCCCGCGGGGCGGUCCCGCUGUCCCCGCGCCGGGCCGGGCGGGGGAGCCGCUUCACCUCCCGCCGCCCUUCCCGGGUUUGUCGCUUUUCCCUGGAAGGCGGCGAGCCCGACCAGCGCUCGGGUGUGUGUGUGUGAGGGUCUGUGUCUGAGGUGUGUAUGUGAGGGUCU